AUGACAACGACUGGGUCUAAUUCUAAUCACAACCACCACGACGAUGGCUCCGUAAAGAACAACAACAACCCUAGUACGAGGUCUUGGGGCACGGCUGUUUCAGGUCAAUCGGUUUCCACUAGCGGCAGUAUGGGCUCUCCGUCGAGCCGGAGCGAGCAAACCAUCACCGUGGCUACGUCUGCUAGCGACACUGCCUUCAUCCGCCUCAACAAUCUCGACAUUCAGGGUGACGACGCUGCCUCUCAAGGAGCUUCCGGUGGUAAGAAGAAGAAGAGGGGACAACGUGCGACUGGUCCAGAUAAAAAUGGAAGAGGGCUACGUCAGUUUAGCAUGAAAGUUUGUGAAAAGGUCGAAAGCAAAGGAAGAACAACUUACAACGAGGUUGCGGACGAGCUUGUUGCUGAAUUUGCACUCCCAAAUAACGAUGAAACAUCCCCGGAUCAGCAACAGUACGAUGAGAAGAACAUAAGAAGAAGAGUUUAUGAUGCUUUAAACGUCCUCAUGGCUAUGGAUAUAAUAUCCAAGGAUAAAAAAGAGAUCCAAUGGAGAGGUCUUCCUCGGACUAGCUUAAGCGACAUUGAAGAAUUAAAGGCUGAACGAGUCUCACUUAGGAGCAGGAUUGAAAAGAAAACUGCAUAUUGCCAAGAACUGGAAGAACAAUAUGUAGGCCUUCAGAAUCUGAUACAGAGAAACGAACACUUAUAUAGCUCUGGAAAUGCUCCUAGUGGCGGUGUUUCUCUUCCGUUUAUCCUCGUCCAGACUCGUCCUCAUGCGACAGUAGAAGUUGAAAUAUCAGAAGAUAUGCAGCUUGUCCAUUUCGAUUUCAACAGCACUCCAUUCGAGCUCCACGACGACAAUUUUGUCCUCAAGACGAUGAAGUUUUGCGAUCAGCCACCAUUGAACAACGGUCGCAGCAACAACAACAGCCAUGAUACGUCUCGCAACGCUGUGCCGGAAAACAACAAGGAAGGCGCUAACACCGAUCGAGCGCCGCCACAGUCUCAUCCUCAACCACCACAACAUCAGCAGCCGCAAAUCAUUCCUACGCCUGUGACUAACAACGACGUUCCUGCUUCCGCCGCGGAUACUGCUCCAGUGACAUCACCGCCUCUCUCGGGUGUCAUAAAGUCAAGCGUGAAGCCGGAGAAGUGA